GUAAACAACAAAUGAUCGCCAACAAACCGACAACCCAAUUAAUAAAGUUUGAAAUAAUUCACAACAACCCAAUUAAGAAAGUGGGAACUGAUAACUCGCUACCAAAAACCACAAAUAUGCAGCAAAUCAUUUCUAACUAUGAAGAAACAACUAGUUAGAGCAGCAACCCAACUAAGGAAGUGUGAAAUAAUAACCUUCAGACCGACAACCACAUAUAUGCAAUGCAACAAAUAGUUUGUAACUAUGAAGAAACAUCUAGUUGAAGCGACAACCCAAUCAGGAAAGUGUGAAAUAAUAACCAGCAUACCAGCAACUACAUAUAUGUAGCAAGUCAUGGUCUGCAGUCUGCAAUUUUCACACAGUGGCAGAUAAAAGUGAUAGCCAAAGUACCAAACAAUUAUGUCAUGAUAAAAAAAGACUAUGCAAAUAGUUAUUUCAUGAUACAAGAGGCAUAUAAAUUAUAUGCCUGAUGAUUCAACUUUGCAAGCUCGAGUUAUUGUCGAUGUAAUGUGCUUGAUUGCCAGAAUUCCUUUUAUGGAAACAAGUCCACAUGUCACUUGUGAUUGCAACUGAAUCUUCAUUUACCUCUAGAAGUUGCAUUACAACUUUCCUUUAAAUGUCAUAUAUGACAAUACAGUCCUUCUUGAUGAUAUUUCUUGUCACCAUCUUGAAAUAGGGGGUCAAACUCGAGCAUAAAAUUCUAAAACCUUCAUGAUUUACAAUCCUUAAAGAAUACUUGAUGACGUUGUAGUCGAUGUACCAAAUUUAUCAUAUACAUGAUGUCGAUGAGUAUUCAAAUUGCAUUUCUCAUAUCUCUAUUAAUCUCUUACUCAGGAUUAAGAUUGCACGCAAGAUGUAUAGCAAGAAAGGAAAAACUAAAAUGAAAAUAACUAAAGACAGAGUGCAGAAUUGACGUGAAACAUAUAGGUAAAGGAGAUUUCCCAGAUUGUGCACCCACCCCCUAGGUCUGAUGGACUGAGAGGGUGUUUGAUUUGAUGGAGCCUAUUUUCAAUUGGAGAGGAAUCACCACCUUACCUCUAGUCCUUACUCAACGCCGAGUCAUCGUCGUUGUUCUAGAUUUGGAUGUUUUCACUGCUCCUUACUUGAUGUCGGCGUCGACUUUGCUCUACCGGAUCUCCACGUUUCUCGUUGUUCCUUGCUCGACGCCAUAUCCAUCUCUUUUGAACCUUCCUCGCUGCUAUCUCUUUUGAACCCAAAACUCAGAACCAACUGCGGUAGCCGGUAGGGAGAGGGAAAAGAAAUUCUCAACGAUGAAGCUGUGUUGUUGGUUAUGGGCCUGUGGCUGGUCGGAAAAAAGAAUGGAAGAGUCGGAACAGAGGAGGUUAUAUUGUUGUCUGUUGAAGCUUGGCAGAGAAGAGGAGAAGAUGGAGGAGGGUAGCUUUGGAAAAAUAUAUUGAAGAUGAGAGAUUUGGAAAUAGCUGAUGUCUAUCAGCUAUUUCAAAAACCCUUGAUUGAGGGUUUUUAAAUUUCCUAAUUGUAAAAUUCUUUGUCUUUCCCAAACGCUAAAUUGUGUCCAAAUCCUGGAGAAUGAGGGAUUUUAAUCAAAUCCCUCACCAAAAUUCCUCAUCCAAACGGGGCCUUAGGAGAUAUGGUGCAGAAAUUUUCAGCAGAGGGCUAGGGAGUCGGCGGGGCGGAGCGGAUUUAUUUGGUUACCCAUAGCUAAAGUGAUGGAUCCAUGGGACAUCUCUAAAAUUUGAAAAAAUGAUUAUCCAACCUUGAUAGUAGUUUGCGUACGAGUAAAUAAAUAUUUAAGUGGUAGUUGAACAACCUUAAAAUUUGAAACAAUGAUUAUUCAACCCCCUGUUGUAAUUUGUGUAUAAGUAAAAAUGAUAUUUAAGUGGUAGUCUGUCUGAUUCGAACUUGAGACACUGCUAUUAUUAGUAUAUACCGUUUUUAUUAGAUUACAACUCAUCUGUUGUUGUUCCUUAAAUCCAAACAUAAUAAAAAUGAUAUUCAUAUCCUCAAUUAUUUUCAAAAUCUAAUGAUUAAAUUUAAACUCUAAUACGGGCUACCAUUGUUUAGUAAAAUAUAUUGAGUGAGAUUUGUUGAGCAGUGAGACACCAAAGAUAUUUUAAUUAUCAUUUUUUCAUAUUACAAAACAUGUUGAUUUUUGUCGUAACUUUUACUAAUUAUAUAUUUUUUAUUUAAUAAUUAUCAAAUAAUUAAAUAUAAAUUUUGAAUGAGAACACGCCUAUAUAAAUUUUUUGAAUCCUUCACUACAUAGUUGUAAUCUGUUCCAGCACAAGCCCGAGUUACCCGUCGGGUCAGGUAGUAACUGCCUACCCUGGCCGCAAGGGGUCCGGAUCCCCUCAGUAACCAAUACAUCAGUAACCAUCAGUAACCGCCCUAUCCACCAUCCAUUCCAUCAGCUUUUCAACCGUCAGAUCAUGCAAAGUAACUACACGGGGGGCAAAAUAGUAAUCUUCGAUCUGACAAUUUGAAAAGGAGACGUGACAUUAAACCGUGCCCGCCUUCUUUCCUUCUUUCUCUCACCUUUCACGUGACAGUUCCACUUCCCUCUGCUCUCUAACUCUCCAUUCUUCAUCCAAUCGCGCACCAAAAACUUCAGAAAACACAGAAUCAUUCAACGAUUUUUGCAAAGGUUUUCGAAGAAUCAUUCAACGAUUCACUGUUCUCGCUUCUUCGUCGAAAAACAAAGGGUUUCCAACUUCAACGAGGCUCAAAAAUAGUUUAUGCACAAAAUAUCAAGGUAAAACCUCACUUCUUUCUUCGAAAUCUAUCCAUAGAACAAUAGAAACAGUAUUUCAGUCACUCUUCAUGUGAAAAUUAUAGUAAAACUCGCUACAUUACUGAAUCGUUACCAUGCGUUGCUGAACUGGUGUAGAAUCUGUUGUGUUUUGCUUCGUUACCACAUGGUAUGGCGUGGUAAGCUAUGAUUGCAUGUUAUAAAAAGGCAAGAAACCGUAACUCCUUCUAUGUUUUAGUUUGUUACCAUAUGGUAAUGUGUAGUAAGUUAUAGUUUCAUGUUGUAAAAUAGCAAAAAACCAUAAGUCCUUCUGUGUUUUAGUUUGUUACCAUAUGGUAAUGUGUGGUAAGCUAUGGUUAUGGUUUCAUGUUGUAAAAUAGCAAAUCUGUGUUUUAGUUUGUUACCAUAUGGUAAUGUGUGGUAAGCGAUGAUUGCAUGUUAUAAAAAGGCAAGAAACCAUAAGUCCUUCUGUGUUUUAGUUUGUUACCAUAUGGUAAUGUGUGGUAAGCUAUGGUUUCAUGUUGUAAAAUAGCAAAAAACCAUAAGUCUUUCUGUGUUUUAGUUUGUUACCAUAUGGUAAUGUGUGGUAAGCUAUGGUUUCAUGUUGUAAAAUAGCAAAAAACCAUAAGUCCUUCUGUGUUUUAGUUUGUUACCAUAUGGUAAUGUGUGGUAAGCUAUGGUUUCAUGUUGUAAAAUAGCAAAAAACCAUAAGUCCUUCUGUGUUUUAGUUUGUUACCAUAUGGUAAUGUGUGGUAAGCUAUGGUUUCAUGUUGUAAAAAUGGAGGAAAACAUAAGUCCUGUUGUGUUUUACUUCGUUACCAUAUGGUAAGAUGUUAUAAGACAUGGUUUCAUGUAAUUACCAUAUGGUAAAAUGUGAUAAAUAUAUGGUUUGAUUUGGUAUGGUAGGAAACCAUUGUGGUACCAUAUGGUAUAUUAUGGUAAAAAGCAUACUAACAGACUAUUACUAAUUUCUACAUUCAGGUACAAUAUGGUAAAACCAAGACACAGUUUUCGCACAAGGUGCAGCCCAACAAGAGUAUCUGCAAUUGUAAGGUCAAUAACAGAUGAGUGGAAAGCGCAACUUGAGAUAUUAGGCCUAGCAGACUUAAUAUCAAUCGGGCAGACAAAGAUAAACAAUCAUUUUGCUCUGUUCAUAAUGAACAAAUACAAUCCAAUGAAAGAAUCGUUCAAGCUACCUGACGGGACACGCAUGAAGAUAUCACCAAUUGACUUUCAUAGAGUAUAUGGUCUGCCGAUGGGGAAUAGGGAAGUUGUACCUCCCAUGAUUUCUUGGGACGAUGCAGCAGAUUAUGCAAUAGAAACCUUACUCGAAGUAGAUGGAACAUCCACUCCAAGGGUAAAGCUAAGUCAGGUAGAAAAAGAUCUUCCUACAACCACAAACAGUAAGAGAUGGUUACAAUUGUUCUUUCUGCUGGUCACCGGAGGCUUGCUGUGUCCAACUUCAGAGCCUAUGGCUGAACUCAACAUGCUUGAGUACUUGAAGACUGAAGAACUGAAACAUUUCACCAGUUACAACUGGUGCAAAUACUUCUUCAAUCACAUGAAUGAAGGAUUGAAAUCAUCAAACCUCUAUGUCAGUGCAGAUCUUCACUUCCUUAUAGUAAGUCUCCAUUCCCUUGGCCAUUUCAACCUUGUUACUCAUAUAUUUUACAUACAAAUGAUAAUCUUUGAAAAAACUAAUACAACUAUCUGCAUAAAAAAGGUAUGCUUCAUGUACAAACUGGACGAAAUGGCAUUCUCAACCCAGCUUCGAACACCAACAGUAAGCUACUAUGAUGAUCUCAAUGUCGAAACCAACUUUGAGAACAUUAAGAUCUACUAAAAUGGAAAAGAGUUGACUGAGACCGAAAAGGUUGCCAACAUUAAUGAUGAUGAGGCUGAUGAUGCAACUGAUGAGGAAGAGGAGAAUGAGCCAGUCUAUCAGUCACCGAAAAGACAAAGAAACAAAACUCCGGACCAGUCAUCAUCACUGAACUUUGAUUUGAAGAAUAUCAGAACACUCAACCAAGUAAGUACAAAUUAUCUAUAUUACAGUUGUCCAAUACAUGCUAACCGUAAUUCCUUCUGUGUUUUAGUUGGUUACCAUAUGGUAAGGAGUGGUAAGCUAUGGUUUCAUAUUAUAAAAAUGGAGGAAACCAUAAGUCCUGUUGUGUUUUAGUUUGUUACCAUAUGGUAAGGUGUGGUAAGCUAUGAUUUCAUGUUAUAAAAAUCGAGGAAAACAUAAGUCCUGUUGUGUUUUACUUCGUUACCAUAUGGUAAGGUGUGGUAAGCUAUGGUUUCAUGUUAUAAAAAUGGAGGAAACCAUAAUUCUUGUUCUGUUUUACUUUGUUACCAUGUGGUAAGAUAUGGUUUCAUGUUGUAAAAAUGGAGAAUAGUGAUAAUAAUUGCCAAUACCAUGUAUUACCACAUGGUAACUAACCAUACACCAUACACACAUUACCACCAUGGUAUCUUACAAAACUCCCAUUAUGCAGGCUGAGAAUGCAAUCAAACUGCUUGAAGCAUCAAUGAAGGCAAUGAUGAAAGCAAUCAAAGACCAGUACAACAGCCAAAUUGAGAAUCUGAUCAGACACAAGGAGAAUCUUGAGAAAGAAAGCUGUGAUGAAUAUGUUCAGCCCACAGAAGGAGAAAAAUCUCAGUGUGAAGAUGAUGAAGAAGAGAAUGAUGAAGAAACGAAUGCCAGUUUGGAUAAAACAAUCAAUGAAAUAUUCAAACACGCAAAGAAAGACCAGAACAAAGAGGAGAACGAAGAGCAAACACAGAAAGAAGAUGAUUCACAACCAUCUACAGUCGAUCUUGCUGCAUCUACACCGAAGGAGCAAGCUGAUUCUGCUCCAGGAGCUGUGAAUAAGGAAAGUAUCCAAGAAGGAGAUCCACUGGGGAAAGUUGCAACAGAACCACCAGCUGUUCAAAAAGGUCUUAAUCAGGGUACACCACAACAAGAGAACACCCCGAAAGCAGUUCCAGAACAGACAUCUGCAAAAGAAACAGAAGAAAAAGGAGCUACAAAAACAGCAGAUCCAAUGGAUGUUGAUAAGGAAACAACAGAAGAAGGGAAUACAGGGCAAGUUGCACAAAAGACUACAGAAACUGACAGCGAGAAAACGGUGUCAGAUUAUGUUGUUCAAGAAGAGACUCCAAAAUUGACAACCAAAGCUGCUGAGAAGCCUAAAGUGACAAGGGAAGAUGACAUUCCAUCCUUUGAUCUCAGCCCUCUCAAAGAUCAAACACCAACAACACCAACAAAGUUGACUACCACCACGGCAACCAAUCAACCAGGAGAGCCUCGCAAAAGAAGAAUUGUGGUAAAGAAUAUGAAUGUAUAUGAAAAGAAGGCAAGAAGAACACCACCACCAACACAGCCACAAAGCACACAGUCACAUAAGGAGUCAUAUGCUAUAUGGUCAAAUCUGUACACAAACAGCCAAGAGCAGCUCGAGGAAGUGCGUGAAUGCAUAGAUGCUUACCUAGAGGACCUGAAUACUCCAACUGUUGAACCAGUUGCUCCACAAUCGCAAAGAUCACCAGUUGAAUGGUCAACACCAACACAAACAACACCUGAUGAUAUGUUCAGCAACAUCCUGGAGUACAUAAGAUGCAAAAACAAGAAAUUUGUCAAGAGGUAAGUCAUCAUCUUGAAACUUCUACUGUUAUAUGAUUUUACUGUAGUGAUCUAGUUUGUUACCAUAUGGUAAAAUAUGGUAAGAUAUGGUAAAAUUAGAUAAAUCUAUGGUUUAAUCAUACAAAAUGUAGUAAUCCACAAUUCCAGUUUUGUUUUUGGUUUAAUACCAUAUGGUAAGAUAUGGUAAGCUAUGUUAAGAUUAUAUAAAUCUAUGGUUUAAUGUUACAAAAUGUAGUAAUGCACAAGUCCUGUUUUGUUUUAGUUUAAUACCAUAUGGUAUGAUGUGGUAAGCUAUGGUUUGUUGUUAAAGAAUGGAUUAAACCAUAACUCCUGUUGUGUUUUAGUUUAUUACCAUAUGGUAAGAUGUGGUAAGAUAUGGUUUGUUGUGGUAACCUAUUGUUUAAUGUGAUAAAUUAAAGUAAACCAUCCGUCCUGUUGUGAUGUGCUUUUAUACAGUGAUGAGAUAAUGUUUAGAAGGAAGGAUGGAACAUUCUUGCUGAAAAGGGAGUCAGUACAGUCGAUUGACAUUCGCUGUGAAAUCACAUCUGAUGUCAUUGACUGGUAUGGAGAUCUAAUGAACAAGAAUGAAGCAAAAAAAGGAAAAUUCAAAAGGUGGUUCUUCGUUACAUCUUUGGUAGUAAGUAAACCCCACCCAUAUUCUGUCAAUAGUUCUUAGACAACACAUAUAUAAAACACAUAAUAACAACCACAACUUUCAGGGUGACUGCCAACUGGACAUUGAAAGUGGCAAUCCUCUACUAACUCCAGACGAUUACUACGAAAAAGUGGACUUGGACAUCACCAACAAAGAAUGGGCAAAAAACCUCAGCUUCACAGAAUGUAACCUUGUAAGUGGUUACCAUAUGUAGGGCUGGCAGAACGGUUUUCGGUUAGCAGUUAACCGGUCGGUUUCAACCGAACCGACCAGUUUUCGGCUAACCAAAAAAGCAAAGCUAAAGAGGUCGGUCGGUUGGCGGUGGGUACUAGCAGGGGGUGGUUAGCCGACUAACCGGGGUCGGAAACCGGCAGUUAACCUGCUAACCAACCCCUUCCCUUCCCCCUUAAACGACGCCGCCCAGCAGUGCACUAACCCUAAGCAGCUCCAUCCUCCAGCCUCCACCCUCGGCCCUCCCAAAUCAGUCGAUGCCGCCCCACUUCCCCCUUCUCACCUUCCCGUCACAGAGAACAAACAGCCUUUCCCCUCCAACAUCGUCGCCGCCUCCACCUCGCCCGCUCGCCGCCUCCGCCUCGCCGACUCCACCCUCGCAGUCGGUCCACUCCACCCUCGCAAUCGACCUCCACCGACGCCGCCCCACUCCCCCCUUCUCGCCUUCCCAUCACAGAGAACAACCCUCCACCAUCGUUGCCGCCUCGCCGCCCCGUCAACUCCACCUCGACACCCCGCCGCAGCAGCAGCCAGGCAACUCGUCGGCGAGGCGGAGGCCAGCCCUAGUUGUAAUCAAAUCUGGGUCUUUGUUUUCAGGGUGUUUGGCUUCCCAUUGUUGUUGGGUUCGUUCAAACCUCUGCAAAAGUUUGAAGCUUUGGCUACGAAUCUCGCCUGGGGUUUGUGGAUUUCCUUCCAGUUUUUAGUUUCGCGGGUUUGGGGUUCGUUUGCUUGCCCUUUCGAUUAUCUGUUUUCAAGGUUGAAGCUAUUCUUUUUAUGGAAUUUAAAUGCCAAGCAAGCAUUGACUUUACAGAAAAUCAAGCUCGCAUAGAAAA